AUGCAGAAGUUCGCGGAGACGGACAGGCAGAUCUUCCGCUUCCCGGUCGCUUUCAGAAACGACGCCACCCUUUACUCGGGCCAAACCGAUUUCAGUCCUGGAGUAAGGGAUGCGUGUAAGAUGUCGAAAGUGCAGGUUUUGAGACUAGCGAAAAUAGUUUUCGUCGGUGAUUGCGGCGUUGGAAAAACGUGUCUGAUUAACAGAUUUUGCAAGCGUAUUUUUGACAGCAACUACAAGGCCACUAUUGGAGUUGAUUUUGAAGUAGAGCGAUUUGACGUGCUUGGCGUUGCUUUCAAUUUGCAAAUGUGGGACACUGCUGGACAGGAGAGAUUCAGAUCGAUCGCUUCAUCUUAUUACAGAGGCGCCCAUGCGCUUGUCGUCGUUUUUGACAUGACCAACCUCCUUUCGCUGGCGCACUGCCAUCAGUGGCUGGAGGAGGCGAUGACAGCAAACUGCAGAGGCCCGAAACCCCUCGUUUUUCUAGUCGGAACAAAAAAGGAUCUCAUGGGACCAGCGUCUCAGAAAAUGGUUGAGGCACAGGCAGUGCAAAUGUCCAAAGAACUCGGCGCCGAAUUGUGGCUUUUAUCUGCGUGCACUGGAGACAAUGUGCUUGAUUUUUUCUUCCGCCUCACAGCUCUUAAUUUCGACCGGUCGGUUCUGAGGGAACUUGAAAGAGAUAAGGUGGAUAUAAAGAUCGGCUACGACUUUGUCAGUCCGAAAAGGCCAGUAAAAAUCGCGGAGAAGAAUAAAAGUAAAAGAAAUAACUGCCAGGGUCAGUCGGACUGCAAAAUUUGA